AUGACUGGCUGGUUCGUCGGUACCUUACUUCACAACGCUUGUGAGAAACGCGAUCUCGAGUCCAUCAAAUGGCUCCUCGCAGCAGGCGCUGACCCAAAUGUGCUGCGAUCUACGCCAGGCUCCGAAGCCCGACCAUCGGAUGUGGGUGAAUCUGCACUUCACGCGCUGACCUUACGGAGAGAGUACGGCAUCUAUGCUGAUCCUGGCCCCAAAGUGACGGCGGCAUGCUUUGAUGCAUUGCUUCGAGCAGGAGCCAAUGUGGAUCAGACGAACUCUGACCUCGAGACGCCACUGCACUUUGCCCGCGAUGCCUCGACUGUGGGUGUACUUCUCGAAGCCGGUGCAAACCCAAACGCAGCUACGAGGCAUGGGGAGACACUGCUACAUCUAUCAAAUGACCGAGACACCAUACGGAUGCUUCUGGAGGAUGCCAAAGCAGACACAACGCUGAAGACAUAUGCCGGCUAUACUCCUCUCCUGUUGUCAUUGAGCGACGGUGAGCUUGAUAAGGCGAUACAACUGGUUGACUUCGGCGUCGACGUGUUGGGUAUCAACGAAGAGGGAGAUGGUAUCUUUCACUAUCUUGUUGGGAUCAAGGCCGACACUGGAAAGAUAGUGGGGUUGAUUGAGCGCCUGAUAGCCUCCGGCGCCGAUAUCAACACGCGCAACAAGAAGGGAGAGACAGCCCUGCAUUAUCUCGGAUGCACUAGUAACGCAUUCGGGGGUAGAGGAUUCUCCUUGAAUCGAGAUGAACUCGACGAGUUGUUACUUGCUGCGCUGCUCCGAGCCGGUGCUCGGAUAGAUAUGAGAGACAACGAAGGCCAGACCCCUUUGUACAGCAUGGUUACGAGGACGGGCUUCUCCAGGGUUCAAGGUUGCAGGGAUACCUGCGAAAAGAUGAUUUACGCGGGUGCAGUUCUCGACACGACUAACGCAGAAGGAAAGACUCUGCUUCAGGGUUAUCUGUCUCACGGUGGAUUUGAUAUCGAAUGUUUCAGGUAUCUGAUCGAAAAGGGCAUUAGCCCGCACCAAGCUGACCACGAUGGCAACACUCUUUGGCAUAUUAUAUUGCCACGUCAUUGUCAGAGUCAAAAUCAAAAUGGCAACACCUUCAUUAGUAUCUUCGAGGAGAUUCUCAGUCUUGGAGUGAGUCUGGAUCAACCAAACCACGCCGGCUGGACACCCCUUCAUGUGGCCAGUAGCUGGGUGCCUGAAAGUUUCAAGAAGGCGGCUUUCAACACAAUGCAAACCUCAUCAGUUGAAAGGGCCACCACCUUUGAGAGAGUCCUCAAGCUCCAGAAUGAUGUCAACUUUUCAGACCAACACGGAGUUACAGCUCUUCAUUUGGCGUCCACGUUCUCCCAAUACCACACCAUGAGGUUGCUGCAAGCAGGCGCGGACCCCUGGAAGACUACGAAUGAUGGUCUGACCGCCCUGCACCUUGCGAUACUCAACAGGAAGACAAAUAUUGCGGGGAUGCUGAUCGACGCCCUCGAUAGCGUUUGCCUUAGCUUGAUGGUCAACAUGCAGGACAUCCGAGGCAGGACACCGUUGUACUACGCCUGCGCCUCCGGUACAAUCGAGACUGUGAAACUGCUGUUAGAAGCAGGGGCAGAAAUCGAGACGGCCGCAUUCGAAGGUUCUGCCUGGGAUGGCUGUGCUCACAUUGAGGUAGCACCACCACGUGGUCCCUCGUCCACGAUUGGCUCCAUGAACAAGUUCGACAAGCCGGACCACGGAUAUGUCACAGUUUUUGAACAGCAACUGUCUCAACCCUAUUCCUAUUCUCAGUCCUCCUCGGAGUAUCUUUUUGAAAUUUUAGAGCUUCUCAUUCAUACUGCAGGUUGCAAAGCCGAGACGAUUGACAAGGCAAUCAAGGUUGCGGCGCACAUCAAGAAGGAGUUCACCGUUGAAUGCCUCCUGCAUGCUCGAAAAUCACUUCAAUUUCAACAAAACUUCGUGUCUGAGGAAGCCGAAACAGCUGCUUUUGUUGCGAGAGUAGUGCAGCUCUGUGAUGGCGCUUCGCCAGAGAGGCCCCGUAUUUAUGGCCGUUUUCCAAACCCCAGCGAUGUUCAUUCACACAAGCUUUGGGAUCUCAGGUUCCCGGAACUCGCAGCCCAGGAGCGGAAGAAUAUCAACUGUCUUGAGCUCAGCAACGACAAAAGAACUAUUCUACACGAUAUUGUUUCUCGUGGCGACGCUUCAAAACUUGCUGACCUUCUGACCCCGGAAAUUAUUUCAAAGUUGGAGGAUCCCGAAUGGUGCCUGGAACAUGAGAAGGGUAGCGGUUACAUGAUUCAGCCGCUCCUGAUUACGGCUUGCUCACGCGAACAGCCGAAUAUGGACGUCUUGCGCGUACUGGUUGAGUCCAUUGGCGUCAACCUUGACUCGCUCAGUCGAUCAAAAUCUGGAUGGGAUCUUGUCAGCCAAUCUGCUCUUCACAUCCUGGUCAGAGGCGAUUUCUGGUGGCAAGUUGGUCAAGCUCUGCCUUACUUUAUCAAGAAAGGAGCCAACAUGGAAAUUCGUGAUGGAGAAGGUCGAACGCCGCUGAACUAUGCCCUCAGACACGCCGGAACAAUCAUCUUCCAGAGAAAGGCUGUUGAAACACUGAUUGAGCUGGGCGCAGAUGUCAACUCUGUCGAUGAUAGAGGCAAGUCCUGUCUAGCUCGAGCAAGAGUUGAUACGGGUCUCACCAAGCUCCUUCUGGAUCAUGGCGCCAUCGUCACAUACCCUGCGCUCAUCGCGGCCAUUGAUGACAGAGACGCCGAUGGUCUUGAGCUUCUUCUGUCAACUGGCGCGGAUGUUAACGAACGGGAAACCAAAGACCAAAGCAAGCCCAAGACAGAGCACGCUAUCAUGGAAGCGAUGCAGUUAUAA